AGUCCAGUGCCGAGGGCCGGCUUCAGUGACUUCCUUGUUGGGAUCCCCGGCCCGGCAGUGUCCGGAACCGUAGCCCCGCUGUGCUCACCGGACUGCUAGCCAGGGCUAGGUCGCAGCCGCAACCCAAGCAGAUCCUUCCCCCGCACGCCCCGCGCUCCCCGACAUGCCCAACCCCAGCAGUACCUCCUCUCCCUGUCCCCUCCCCGAGGAGAUUAGGAACCUGUUGGCAGAUGUUGAAGCAUUUGUAACAGACAUACUGAAAGGGGAAAAUUUAUCCAAGAAAGCAAAGGAAAAGAGAGAAUCUCUUAUUAAGAAGAUAAAAGAUGUAAAGUCUACCUAUCUUCAGGAAUUUAAAGACAAAGGUGAUGCAGAAGAUGGGGAAGAAUAUGAUGAUCCUUUCUCUGGGGCUCCAGACACUAUUUCAUUAGCCUCAGAAAGAUACGAUAAAGAUGAUGAAGCUCCCUCUGAUGGAAACCAGUUUCCUCCAGUGGCAGCACAGGACCUGCCUUGUGUUUUUAAGGCUGGCUACCUUGAAAAACGCAGAAAAGAUCACAGCUUUCUGGGAUUUGAAUGGCAGAAACGGUGGUGUGCUCUCAGUAAAGGAGUGUUCUAUUACUAUGGAAGUGACAAAGACAAACAGCAGAAAGGUGAAUUUGCAAUUGAUGGCUACCACGUCAGAAUGAAUAACACUCUUAGGAAGGAUGCAAAGAAAGAUUGCUGUUUUGAAAUCUCUGCUCCUGAUAAACGUGUCUAUCAGUUCACAGCAGCUUCUCCCAAAGAUGCCGAAGAAUGGGUACAGCAGCUGAAAUUUUUAUUACAAGAUAUGGGAUCUGAUAUUAUUCCUGAGGAGGAUGAAGAAGGAGGAGAAUUAUAUGAUGAUGUUGAUCAUCCUCUACCGACCAGCAGUUCACUAGCCAGCAGUCAACCAAUUGAUGAUGAAAUUUAUGAAGAACUUCCAGACGAGGAAGAGGAAGCUGCGCCCGGGAAAGUGGAGGAGCAGAGGAAGAUGAGUCAGGACAGCGGUCAUCACAGCACAGGAGACAAAAGCACCGAUUACGCUAACUUUUACCAGGGUUUGUGGGACUGCACAGGUGCUCUUUCUGACGAGUUGUCAUUUAAACGUGGGGAUGUGAUUUACAUUCUGAGCAAGGAAUACAAUAGAUAUGGCUGGUGGGUAGGAGAAAUGAAGGGAGCCAUUGGCUUGGUGCCGAAAGCCUACAUAAUGGAGAUGUAUGAUAUCUGAGAGUCCUGGGAAAGAUCAACGUUUUGGUCGAAGAAAAAAAUGAUCAUGAACUUUCCCCUCUGCCCGCAGCCGAGGAGGGGUCGGUCUCCUGCUACUCUGCAAAGGCUGUGGAAUCAGACCCGCCGGGGAGGCAGAGCAGCAGCCCAUAACCUUUCUUUGUUUUGUUGAUCAUCCUGCGUCUUCAUUACUUUCUGCAUUCAUAGCAUCCCUCUGAUGUGAAACUAAAUGAAGGAUAUUAAUGCAAAUUAGAUACAAGCUGUACACUUAGACCUGUUGCUAUUUUGCAAAGAAAUAAUUGUAGUUUUUACUUACUCAUUUGAUUGGUGUGAAGAAUUCAGCACUAUUUUAUAUGUUCCACGUAGUCACUGCUACUUCUGGUAUGAGUUACAGCUUCUCUCAAUAUUGGCCAGCAGUUAUUUUUGUAGACUAUAAUGUAUAAUUUCCAUAGAAAUUUAAACUGAAGAUAUCGUAGAAGUUUUUGGUAGAUGCUUUAGUAAAGCCUUAAAGAAUAAAGCAUUAUUAAAGCUUUAUAGAUUAUUUAUGUCAGUAUUUAUUUUCCACACAAAAGUAACAUGUUUUCCCGAAAGAAUUUUACAGUUGGCGAGUUUACUUUAUGUUAAAUCUCACCACAAGGAAGGAAACAGGAUCGAAUUGCGAAUGGUAGUGUGCUGCCACCUUCUACAACAUGCACCGACUGGAACGGUGGUUUGUGUGAAGUCCUGUAUCAAUAGCAGAUACCCUGGUCAGAUGAUGGGCUGGCCAGCAUCUUCUACCAUCACUUUGUUUAAAUUUAAUAAAAUAAAAAAUUCAUACGACCCACCGCCUAUUCUCCACCACCGUAAGGGCAUAAGGAAUAUCAGUGCUCCGAGGUGAGGAGUGGACCCAGCCCUCGCCUCCUGCCUGAUCGCGGCUCGGGCAGGGAGCCCACCGCCGUGCAUUGCUCAGGGCAGAGGAAGGAGCAGUGUGGGAACCACAGCAGCACAUGCACCAGCAGGUAUGUGGGGCAGCAGCAGCCUGACCGUGGAGUCCCACGCCCCGCUACCUGAGCAAGACUUGCAGAAUUCUGUCACACCUGUUCAUGUAUAUUUGAAACCAAAGGUAUUUUAAAUGCCUACAAGGUACUGGUCUACUCUUAUAUCGCAAGGUACUGCUGAACGGAUGAUUAUUUGGAUUAGCUAUAAUCUUCUCAUAUUGAAUCACUGAUUAGCACGUGCCUUUGUUGAACUUUUCGGAUCUUUGCUUUAUGAAGAUAAAGGUUCUGACCAUGCAAGCAAGCUGAUAACAUUUAAAAACCUCCAUUAUUUACAUAAAACUGUUUACAGGCACUAUUUCAGAGUGUAUAUCUACCAUUAUCGCCUUAACGCCACGAUCAUGUCACCUCAGAUGUUAAAGAAUAUUAAUUUUAGGGAUUGCAAGUAAACUCCAGUUUAUAUAAAUUAGACAUUGUUGAGCUCAAGCUUUCAGAUGUGAAUUUGUGCACUUGUUAAUAUGGUCCUAAUAGAGAGCAUUGGGGUAGAGUGAAAUCAUCUUGGGAAAAGUAAGACAAGCGGAGGUGAGGCUACCGGGCUGGUUUUCGAAGCCCUAGAGGUUGAAAAGCAAAAGCAGUGGUGGGUUUCCACAAAACGUGGACUUGCUGGUGGCGUGGACACAGGUUUCCUGCUUCUGGCUUCAGGGAAGAUUGUAGCCCUGGGCCAGUAGGUGGCAGCAGCUUUUCAUUGCACACCCAGCCACUGAGAAGCCCUCCCCCACUUGGGCCCAAAGCCCCGCAGAAUGCAGAGCGUGUAGAACCUCGCUGCCUCCUUUUACAGUUAAUCCAGGAGAGGGAGUCCUUCGCCAACGGAUGACCAGCGAUUCCAAGCCAGACAGUCUCCCUUUGAACGUGGCGAUCCAGAAAUCUAGUGUGGCCUCUGCCUGAGCUCCUCUGGCCUUUGUUCUUUUUUAACUGGAAUCCAGGUGGGAGAUAGGAAAGAAAACCAAGAUUUCAAACUGGAGUGACAGGAAAAGUAAUCAUUGCUUUCAGUUCAUGACAACUUUAUAUUCAUUUGGUGAAAUCUUCUGUAUACUACCAGGGAGAAAGUUUUCCUUACACCCUUGACAAUAUAUCACACACUCUUCAAAUCAUAAUAAUAUAAUUAAUGUGAAUCUAAACAACAUGGCUUGUUAGAAAAUGUGCUAAUUGCUAUGUUCUCAUUAUGUUUGCUUAGCUUUUAUUUGUUUUUCUAUGAACAGUUAGAGAGCUAUUUUUUUCCAAAGGUGAUUGUAAGUCAUAUUUUAUAUAGCAUUUUGCUUGAUUAUUUGCACUGUACUGAAUUUGUACUCUAUUGCCAUUAGAUCUUACAAUAAUGUUCCACUCUGCAAAUUUUUAAGGUUCAAAUAAAGUUUAAUUGUUUGCAAACUGU